UUCCGGGGCGGAGCGGAAGUUGCUUUGUUUUGCUUCAAGAUGGCUGCGGGGAUGUAUUUGGAACAUUAUCUGGACAGUAUUGAAAACCUCCCAUUUGAACUGCAGAGAAACUUCCAGCUCAUGAGGGACCUGGACCAAAGAACAGAGGACCUGAAGGCUGAAAUUGACAAGUUGGCCACUGAGUAUAUGAGUAGCGCCCGCAGCCUGAGCUCCGAGGAGAAACUGGCCCUUCUCAGACAGAUCCAGGAAGCCUAUGGCAAGUGCAAGGGAUUUGGUGACGACAAGGUGCAGCUUGCCAUGCAGACCUAUGAGAUGGUGGACAAACACAUUCGGCGACUGGACACAGACCUGGCCCGUUUUGAGGCUGAUCUGAAGGAGAAGCAGAUUGAGUCAAGUGACUAUGACAGCUCUUCCAGCAAAGGCAAAAAGAAAGGCCGGACUCAAAAGGAGAAGAAGGCUGCCCGUGCUCGUUCCAAAGGGAAAAACUCCGACGAAGAAGCCCCCAAGGCUGCCCAGAAGAAGUUAAAACUUGUGCGCACAAGCCCUGAGUAUGGGAUGCCCUCAGUGACCUUUGGCAGUGUCCACCCCUCUGAUGUGUUGGAUAUGCCUGUGGAUCCCAACGAACCCACCUAUUGCCUUUGUCACCAGGUCUCCUAUGGAGAGAUGAUUGGCUGUGACAACCCUGAUUGUUCCAUCGAGUGGUUCCAUUUUGCCUGUGUGGGGCUGACCACCAAGCCUCGGGGGAAGUGGUUUUGCCCACGCUGCUCCCAAGAACGGAAGAAGAAAUAGACAAGGGCCUUGGAUUCCAACACAGUUUCUUCCACAUCCCCUGACCUGGGCUAGUGGGGAGAGGGAUGCCUGGCUGGGGUCAGGGAGAGGUGGGUGGCGCAGAGUUGUCAUCCCCUCUCCUCGCCUCCCCACUCCUGGUGCUGAGGCUGCACCCAGACCCUGGUACGGGGGUUGCUGCAGCCACUAACGGUAUGUGCUCUCAUUCAGCCCGCCCCCUUCAGAGGGAAGGGGUCUUGCCCACUGUCCUUUUGCCUCCAUGCUGAGGUUGGUGCUGUAUUUUUGAGGGAUGGUCCUCUUACUCCCCUUGCUUUGUAUUUAAGGACUGGGGCAGUAGCAUGGGCCCUCCCCCAGCCUCCUGAUCCCCUCCCCUCGUGGGGGGCCAUGGCGUGAUAAACUUUUUUCACUCUCUUCCUGCUUUUCCAGCGGGGGCUCCUCCAGAUCAUCUGGGCUGUGGCCCUGGCUGAAGGGUCACCCCUUCCUCUGUGCCAAGAGGAUUCAUCCUGGUUUGUGAGUGGGAGGGGCAGGGUGGAGUGCAGAUAUCUCAUAUGGAAAGGAAGUGGGUCGGUGAAUAAAAG